UUCGUGAUCUGGUGGCUAUGGCGCUCGCGUUCGGAGCUCAGACAGCGGUAGUGUUGUGCUCCACACCGGCAUUUUCCUCCCGUGUCACGAUUUGCUGCCAGAGGCGAAAUUCCGUGGUUGUCACCCGGGAGCGCGGCAAGAAUGACAAGCUUAUCAAAGCACUGCGUAAUCACCAAAUAGAAUGUUUGGAGCUCCCUUUGAUAGAACACACUCCCGGUCCUGAUUUACAUCGAUUGGCACUGACAUUGCAAGAACGAUCUUUCCAAUGGAUUGUGGUGACAUCACCAGAGGCUGCUGCUGUCUUUGCAAAUGAAUGGAAGAACGCAGGCUGUCCCAAAGUCAAAGUGGCGGUUGUUGGUGACGGCACCAAGCAAGCGUUCCGUGACACUGUCAGUCAGCCAAACUUUGAAGUUGGAUUCGUCUCCUCCCAAGCAACCGCUAAAGUUCUCGCGGAGGAGCUCCCAAAGCCGGACGGCGGCCAGUCCUUGGAAGUUCUCUAUCCAGCAUCACUAAAAGCCAGUGACGAUCUUGCAAAUGGACUAUCUCACCGCGGUUUCAAGGUGUGCCGGCUCAACACGUACUCCACUGAAUCUGUGAAAGUCCUUCCAGAGAGUGAUGUCCAAAUGGCACUACGGGCCUCCGUCGUAGCCUUUGCUUCUCCCACCGCUGUCAAGGCGUGGAUGGAGCUUGUUGCGAAAACACACGACUGGAAUGGAGCGGCGGCUUGUAUUGGAGGCACGUCUGCCGCUGCUGCAAGGAAAGCCGGCAUGGAAAAAAUUUUCUACGCUCACAAUCCUGGAAUUGACGGCUGGGUUGAGAGCGUUUUGGAGGCGCUAAAAAAUGUAUCUGCGGUGGCAACUUAAGUGUCCUUUUGCAUCAAAGCGCGAAUGCUUUGUCCAA